AUGAAGUAUUUGGCCGCUUAUUUGUUGCUUGUUCAAGGUGGUAACACCGCUCCUUCCGCUGCUGACAUCAAGUCUGUGAUCGAGGCUGUCGGUAUCGAAGCCGAGGAAACCAAGAUCAACGCUUUGUUGGCUUCUUUCGAGGGCAAGGGCUCCAUCGAGGAGAUCAUUGCCGAAGGUCAAACCAAGUUGGCUUCCGUGCCAGCUGGUGGUGCCGGUGCUGCUGCCCCAGCUGGCGGUGCUGCCGCCGGUGGCGCCGCUGCCGAAGCCGCUGAGGAGGCCAAGGAAGAGGAGAAGGAGGAAUCCGACGACGACAUGGGUUUCGGUUUGUUCGACUAA